UCAAAUCAGGACUCUCAAAACACAAAUAUUCCACGAGAAGAAAACUCUCAGUUACCUGCUACCAGCCAAGGAUAUGUUCUGCCUGAAGGGAAAAUCAUGCCAAAUACCAUUUUUGUGGGUGGAAUAGAUAUAAGGAUGGAUGAGACAGAAAUUCGGGGCUUUUUUACACGAUAUGGCACAGUUAAAGAAGUGAAAAUAAUCACUGACAGAACUGGUGUAUCUAAAGGAUAUGGAUUUGUAUCAUUUUUGGACAACGUAGAUGUACAGAAAAUAGUAGAAUCGCAAAUAAACUUUCAUGGGAAGAAGCUCAAAUUGGGACCUGCAAUAAGGAAACACCCAAACUUAUGUGCCUAUCAUGUGCCACCCAGGCCAAUGCUUAUUAAUUCCCCUACACCUCAGUUCCAUAGUGUUUGGAGUAACCAGGAAACAUAUAUGCAGUCUCCAGCUGUGAUGAGUCCUGUCACACAAUAUGUUCAGGCCUAUCCUUAUGGUUCUCCAGCUUUAUUAAUUCAGCAACAAGUUCCUGUAGGAUAUCAGCCAACUUAUAAUUACCAGAUUCCACCACAGUGGCCUCCUGGAGAACCAAGAAAUUACAUUGUGCCAGCAUAUACUACAGUGAAUUAUGGUAGUGAAAUGGAUGUAGGAACUGACCAAGCAGAGUGUUCUAUGACUGACACUGCACAAUCAUGUGCAAACAGUCCGCAAAAGAAAUCUGUGGAUCGCAGCAUACAGACAGUAGUAUCGUGUCUCUGUAAUCCAGAUAAUCGGUUGAGGAACAAUAUUGUAACUCAAGAGGACUAUCUUAAGGAGAAGAGAGCACAUCAUUUUAGAAGAAGCAGAGCUGUUCUUAAAACUGUUUGA